GUUAAAAAGUCAGUGGGAAAUUGAAUAGAAAACAAAGAAAAAGAGGAAACUUUUCAUUUUACCAAAAAAAAAAAAAGAAAUAAAAAAUUGAAUUUUUCUUCAGAUUCCUUCACUUUUAGCUUGUGGGAUUUGUUCAUUCAGAUCACUAGAUAAGUGGGUUUGUUUAGUUUCUUUAAAUUCAUUAAAGUGGUGAAGAAAAUUUGUAUCUUUACUGUGGAUCUUUCCUUAAAUCCAAAAACAGAGAUCAUGUGUAAAUAUCUAGGGGUUUUGGUGAUUUAUGGCUCUUUUUAAGGAAGCAUUAAAUACCAUUUUUGGUAUAGUUUAUCAAACCCUUUAAAGAAAAAGCUCUGAUCAUUAUCAAAUUAAGACAACCCAUAUUUAAAUUUGGGAUUUCUAAGGGUUAAUUCACUCAAAUUUGGGAUUUUGAGCUUGUAAAAUGUUCUUGUUUGAUUAAAGUUACAAACUUUGCCUCAAAAUCCAUAAUUUGGAUAUCUUCCACCAUGAGGGCAUUCUUCCCAUCUGAAUCUUGUAAAGAAUCACAUCUAAAUGCUCUGAAUCCACAAUCAUGGCUGCAAGUUGAAAGAGGAAAGCUUUCAAAAGUUUCACCUCACUCUUCUUCAUUAGAAUCUCUAAUCAAAGUCCGCGAUCCAUCGAUUCUACCAUUGUUCAAACCUGUUGAUUAUGUAGAAGUUUUAGCUCAAAUCCACAAAGAACUCGAAUCAUGUCCUCCACAUGAACGUUCAAACCUAUAUUUAUUACGAUAUCAAGUCUUUAAAGGCCUUGGUGACAUUAAACUAAUGAGAAGAAGUCUUCGUUUGGCUUGGCUCAAAGCAAGUACGGUUCACGAACGAUUCAUUUUUGGCGCAUGGUUAAAAUAUGAAAAACGAGGUGAACAACUUAUAUCUGAUUUACUCUCGUCGUGUGGUAAAUGUGCAAAAGAGUUUCCAUUGAUAAACAUCGGUUCUGAGCUCCCGUCUGUCGUAAACACUAGUUUUCCUGAUGGUGCAAUGACGAAUCAAAAGAAUAGUUUAUCGGGAACCGUUUCGUUUCAAAUCGGGGAUGUUAAAAUAGUUUGUGAUAGGCAAAAAAUGGCGACCCUUUCGCCUCCAUUUCAUCCUAUGCUUAACGGGUGUUUUAUAGAAUCAGUUUCAGAGGUCAUAGAUUUGUCGAAAAACGACAUUUCAUUAAGGGGUAUGAAGGUGAUUAGCGAAUUUAGCUCGACGGGUAUGUUGCCUGAUUUACCAACGGAUCUUUUACUAGAAAUCAUGGUGUUUUCAAGUAAAUUUUGCUGUGAGAAUCUUAAAGAUUCGUGUGACAGGAAACUCGCAACACUCGUUUUAUCACGAAACGAUGCGGUUGAACUUAUGGGAUACGCUCUCGAAGAGAACUGUCCGGUUCUUGCGGCCUCUUGUUUGCAGGUUUUCCUUCAAGAACUCCCGAAUUCUCUUAAUGAUGAACGCGUUGUUGACUUGUUGACUAGUGUUAACAGUCUGCAUAGUCCGGUUAUGGUGGGGUCCGCUUCGUUUUUGCUCUACUGUUUAUUAAGCCAAGUUGCUAUGGAUCUUGAUCCGGGAUCCGAUAAAGCUGCUUGCUUUUUGGAACAAUUAGUUGACUCUACGGUAAACAGUCAACAAAAGAUGGUGGCAUAUCAUAUGCUCGGAUGUGUGAAAUUACUCAAGAAGGAAUAUAACGAGGCCGAAAGAUUCUUCAAGGCUGCACUGACCGAAGGGCAUGUUUAUUCUGUCACGGGUUUGACCAGAAUCGGUCAAAUUAAGGGCAAAAAGGUUGACUCUUUUAAGAAACUCACCUCUAUUAUUUCAAAUUACACUCCUAUGGGAUGGAUGUAUCAAGAACGAUCGUUAUACUGCGAAAAUAAUGAAAAAAAGUGGGAAGAUCUCGAAAAGGCAACGGAACUGGAUCCGACGUUAACGUACCCGUAUAUGUACCGGGCGGCUUCUUUGAUGAAAAAACAAAACGUGCAAGAUUCAAUGGCGGAGAUUCACAAGAUUCUUGGUUUUAAACUUUCGGUUGAAUGUUUGGAGUUGAGGUUUUGUUUUCAUUUGGUUGUUGAAGAUUAUCAAUCGGCGAUUCGUGAUGUGCAGGCGAUUCUUACUAUUUGUCCGGAUUAUCGGAUGUUUGAAGGGCGGGUACCCGCGACACAGUUUCGAACGUUGGUUCGUGAGCAUGUUCGAAGUUGGACAAGUGCAGAUUGUUGGUUGCAGUUGUAUGAUCGGUGGUCUGAUGUUGACGAUAUCGGGUCACUUUCUGUUAUAUAUCAAAUGCUGGAGUCUGAAACGGCUAAGGGGGUUUUAUAUUUUAGACAGUCUUUACUUCUACUCAGGUUAAAUUGUCCGGAAGCAGCGAUGCGGAGUUUACAGUUGGCCCGCCAGCAUGCAUCAAGUGAACAUGAACGUUUAGUUUAUGAGGGUUGGAUAUUAUACGAUACGGGCCAUUGCGAUGAAGCGUUGAAAAAAGCCGAAGAAUCUAUUAAGUUGAGUAGAUCCUUUGAGGCCUUUUUUCUGAAAGCAUACGCUUUGGCAGAUUCUAGCCAAGAUCCUACGUGUUCUUCAACCGUUGUAGCGCUUCUUCAAGAUGCCCUUAAGUGCCCUUCCGAUAGGCUUCGCAAAGGCCAGGCGUUGAACAAUCUUGGAAGCGUUUAUGUAGAUUCUGGGAAACUAGACCUUGCAGCCGAUUGCUACAUUAACGCGCUUAAAAUAAGGCACACGCGGGCCCACCAGGGACUUGCUCGUGUCCAUUAUUUAAAAAACAACAAGUCUGCUGCUUAUGAGGAAAUGACAAAGUUAAUUGAGAGGGCACGGAAUAAUGCGUCUGCUUAUGAAAAGAGAUCAGAGUAUUGUGAACGUGAACAGACCAAGUCAGAUCUUGAAAUGGUUACUCGUUUGGAUCCUCUUCGGGUUUAUCCGUACAGAUAUCGUGCAGCAGUCUUGAUGGACAAUCACAAGGAGAAAGAAGCGAUCACUGAGCUAUCAAGGGCGAUUGCAUUCAAAGCGGACCUACAUUUAUUGCAUUUACGGGCAGCGUUUCAUGAACAUACAGGGGAUGUUUUGGGUGCCAUGCGGGACUGUAGAGCGGCCCUAUCUUUUGACCCCAAUCAUCAAGAAAUGCUUCAACUUCGUAGUCGUGUAAACAGCCAAGAACCAUAAAUAAUAUUCAACAGUUAGAUGCAAUGGUGAAGAAAAAGAGAGGUUUGUGUAUGAUAAAAAUGUCAACACAUGAUGAAUCUUGUAAGCGUUAAUAUGUGUGUAUUCCUUUAGAUUCUUCACUCCAUUUCUUGUUUUACUAUUUUCCUAUACUACUUAGUUCUAUUGAAAACCGUGCCAGUUGCCAUCCGCCCA